AUGUCCGGAUACUACGAGCCCCCUCAACCCCAAUGGCCUCCCGCCGGCGGCCAAGCCUCGGGCUGGGAACACCAGACCCCUCCUCCUCCGCCCGCACGGUCCGGUGCUAGCUCUGCCGUCCCCCGCGAGGAGUCCGCCGCUUUUGCUUAUCAGCUCGAGGAGGUCGACCGCGCCAUCGACAACCUCGUCAAGAGCGGAAAGAUGUUUGGGAUGCCUGGUGGCCGCCGUGAGUCGUUUCCUGUUCCCGGCCCAGCCAGAUUCUACCCAGACUUCGGCGGCCGCAUGGGAGCUGGACCUGGUCCCCGUCCCCACUCCAUGGUCGACUUCAACGAUGCGCGCGGCCCUCACCAGCCCUCCAACUUGCAAACCUUCUAUGCUGCCCAACGUCACCAGCCCUCGCGCGGCUCCAACGAGGCGGAGCAGAUGAUGCAGGCCAAGAGGAGACUGGCUGCCCAGCGGGAGCGGGAGCUUAGGAACUACCACCAAGAGCAACAAUACAACCGAAGCGUCCUUGCCGACUCAUCCUCGCAGUUCGGUGCUGCCAAACCGGAUCGUACCUUGAGCCCAGGCAGCGGCCUGUCUGAAGAGGAGCGCCGCAAACUGAUCGCCUCGCAGCGCAGUGCUUUGUACGGCGAACAGGGCUUCCCUGAUGCUGGCGUUUAUGGUGAAGAGAAUGCCGGUCCUCGGUUUGGCUUGACAGCUGGCCAGAACCUUCGCGGAGCUUCUCCAAUGGCCUUUGAUUACAACCAGGUCCCUCCCGGCUUCCCACCUCAGUCCCAGAUUGAAGGCGCCCAAGGAACUCAGUCUGCCGGCCCGCACGAGCGAUCGCGUGCUAAUAGCAACACGAGCCCUCAGUCGAACCCGUCCGGCGGCAAGGGUAUCUUUGACGCUCCUAUCGGGCACCAAGCGAACCGUACUAGUGCCUCGUCUCCUGGAGGCUCGCCGCCGCGUCAAAGCGCUCCCGGCAGCAAGCCUGGACAAAACACUGUUGCGCCUAUUGGAACCCGGCCAUCGACGAGCAAUACCGCCACGAACCCUGCUUUGAACAAGGGCUCCACGACCUCUCUUGCGUCCCCGUUGAGCCAAAGCUACAACGGUACGGCUAACAAUGAGGCUGGCAACAACGGUUCCGCCGCUCCUGCUUCUGCAACUACCGAGGGCCCCAAUGUUGGUCUUUCUGGCUGGGGUACCCGUUCCAACGGCUGGGGCAAGGUGGGCAAUGUCCAGGCCAGCGUGUGGGGCUAG